AGAGAAUAGGGGGAAGGAGGUGGGGGCAAUCUGCUGCCCUUACCUCCUACCAAGAGAGAGCAAAAGAAUGAGAAAUUGACAUCGGUCACUGCCUGAGACGGCUUCUCUCAGCACAGCCGAGGAGAGAAGAAAUAUGAUUUCCCUACAAGGAGCCGUGCAAGGGCUGACCUUGAAAAGGAUCUGAUUUGGGGGAAGAGAAGGAAAAUGUCCGAGAACAGUGCGUCUCUGAGCCCCCCAGGAUUGUUCGCAUCUGGCAGCAGAGUGCUGCAGCUGGCCACCAAAGGGGAGUGGAUCACCCUGGAGCAGACCCUGAGAGGCAUGGACAAGGGGGACCUGGCCGUCUCCCAGACUGACCAAGAGUCGGGCCUGACCCCCUUCAUGAUCGCGGUGAGAGAGAACAGGCUGUCCAUUGUCGAGAGGUUGCUGGAGCUGGGAGUGAAUCUUUCAGACCAAACUAAGAAUGGCCGAAAUGCUUUACAUGUGGCUGCUGCCCACUCGAAGGAGGAGAUCAUCCGGCUGCUGCUGGCUGGAAAGGCAGAUCCCAACGUCCCCGGAGGGCCCAAGGUGCAGUUGCCUGUUCAUUAUGCAGCCCUCCGUCCCAUUGGGGCUGUCGGUGUGAUGCAGAUGCUGCUGAAGGCUUCUCACAAAGAUGCUAGGCUGAGCCAAGACCAGGACGGCCGCACUCCUCUCUUUCUUGCCGUGGAAGCUGGGAAUCUGGGAGUCUGUAAGGAACUGCUUUCCACGCACGCCGAGGCCCAGCUGAGCGCACGGGAAAAGCGAUACGGGGACACUGUGCUGCAUGCAAGCUGUAGGAAAAGAGAUGUGGAAGUUACCAAAAUCCUAGUGGAGUAUGGAGCUGUGGUGGAUUGCCAGAAUGAUGAAGGUCAGACUCCUCUACAUGUCGCUGCGUGGGAAGGCGAUGAAGCCCUGCUGAAGUUCUUCCAUCACUGCAAGGCCAAUCCUAAUGUAGCAGACAAGAUGGACCGGUCCCCCUUGCACAUUGCUGCAGAACGAGGCCACGCCAAUGUGGUGGAGUUGCUGAUGGAGAAGUUCCACUCCAAUGUGCUAGCUCGCACUAAGGACGGCAGCACCCUCAUGCACGUUGCCUCCGAGCAUGGGCACCCGGACACCGCUCUGGCUUUUCUGAAGAAAGGAGUCCUGCUGCACAUGCCCAAUAAGAACGGGGCGCUCUGCUUGCACGCGGCAGCCAAGCGGGGCCAUGCUGCCGUGGUGAAGGCCCUGCUGCAGAGGGGGGCAGAGGUGGAUGCUCGAACCAAAGAAAACUACACGGCCCUGCACCUUGCUGCCCAGCACUGCAAGCCGCUGGUGGUACAGACUCUUCUGGGCUUUGGGGCCCGAGUCCAGCUCAAGGGAGGCAAGGCCCAGGAGACACCUCUGCACAUCGCAGCCCGCAUCCGCGAGGGAGAGAAGGUGGCGGAGAUGUUGCUGAAGAGUGGCGCCGACGUCAACGUGGAACAAGAGAACGGCGAGACGGCCAUGCACGUCGCAGCUCGCCACGGCAACCUGAGGAUGAUCAAGGCCCUGAUCGAGGAAGGAGGGGAGCUCACCUUGCAGUCCAAGGCCGGAGAGUGCCCCCUACACAUCGCAGUGCAGCACUGCCACCUGCCAGUGGUGGAAGAGAUCCUCAACUACCUGGCCACGGAGAAGAGCCACGCAGAGGCCGCCGCCUGCGUCAACCAGGAAAACAAGGCAGGGGAGACACCCCUCCACCUGGCUGCUGCAGUGAAGAAGGACAUGGUCCACUUUGAGGAGGAGGAGACCAAGAUCAUUGCCAUGCUCAUGGAGUACGAUGCCGACAUCUCCCGUACCACGCGACUAUCCCUUGAGACCCCUCUGCAUUACUGUGCCCGUGUGGGCAAUGCGGAUGUCCUGCUGGAGAUGCUUAAGCACAUUAACACCAGCCGAAUGCAGCAGACCAUUAACAAGCAAGCCAAGAAUGACUGGUCCCCGUUGCUGGUGGCGGCAGAGCGAGGACACACAGCGAUAGUGAAGAUCCUGCUCCAGCACCACGCUCGUGUCGAUGUCUUUGAUGAGCACGGGAAAGCAGCUUUGCACCUGGCCGCAGAGAACGGCCAUGACCAGAUUGCAGACGUCCUGCUGUGGCACAAGGCCUUCGUCAAUGCCAAGACCAAGCUGGGCCUGACACCUCUUCACCUCAGCGCUCAGAACGGCUACAACCAUUUAGUCAAGUUCCUCGUGGAGACUCACCUGGCCAGCAUUGAUGCUAUGACCCUGACCAAGCGAACCCCUCUGCACCUCGCUGCGCUGACCGGCCAGCUGGACGUGUGCACCGGCCUGCUGAGCAUGAGCGCGGACGUCAAUGCCACCGACAUCCAAGGACAGACGCCGUUGCACCUGGCCGCUGAGAAUGACCAUUCGGAGGUGGUUCAGUUCUUUCUGAAGCACAAGCCGGAACUGGUGACCUCUGCCAACAUGGAAGGUUCAACGUGUGCCCACAUAGCUGCCUCCAAAGGCAGCGUCGCUGUGAUCAAGGAGCUGCUGAAGUUCAACAAGGUGGGGGCGACCACAGCACGCAACAAGACAAACAACUCCACGCCCCUGCACCUGGCAGCUGCUGGUGGACACGGCGAGGUGGUGAAGGUCUUGCUGCAGACGGGAGCCUCGGCAGUGGAUGAGGACGGCGAAGGAAUGACGGCAAUUCACCUGGCAGCCAAACAUGGGCACAUCAGUGUCCUGGAGGCCUUAAAGGGCAGCGUCUCCUUGAGAAUCACCAGCACCAAGACAGGAUUUACUGCCCUUCAUGUGGCAGCUCAUUACGGCCAGCUGGACUUCGUCCGAGACAUGCUCGCCAGGGGAUUGGCCGCCAUGCGCAGCGAGCCUCCCAAGCUCACCUCCGCAGGACAGCAGGUCAAGCAGCAAGGCAGUGAGUCAGGAUUCACGCCACUGCACCUGGCCGCCCAGUCGGGACACGAGAGCCUGGUCCGGCUGCUGCUCAACUACCCAGGUGUGCAGGUGGAUUGUCAGACCAGCCUGCAGGGCUCCAUCCCUCUCCACCUGGCGGCCCAGCAUGGUCACACCGCCGUCGUUGGGCUCCUUCUGAGCAAAUCCACCUCCCAGCUGCAUCUCCGAGACAAGAGAGGGCGGACAUGCCUCCACCUGGCUGCAGCCAAUGGCCACGUUGAGAUGGUGCGGGCGUUGCUGGGCCAGGGAGCGGAGAUCAACGUCACCGACAAGCAAGGCUGGGGCCCAUUGCACUUUGCUGCCAAAUCGGGUUUCCUGGCUAGUGUCCGGCUGCUCGUGGAAAGCGGUGCCACACCCACUCUCGAGUCCGAAGAGGGGAGGAUACCUAUCCAGUAUGCAGCUGCUGAGAACCACCAAGAAGUAGUGAGCUUCCUGCUGAAAAAGAACACCACCACCUUGAAACUGAUUGAGGACAGGAAGUUUAUCUUUGACCUUAUGGUCUGUGGGAAGCUGAACAACAACCAGGCGACUGAGGAAUUUGUCCUUCACUCUUCUGCUCCCCUGGACACUGCUGUCAAGCUUUCCCGGGCCUUCAACAUGGCUGCCCUGAAGGAGAAGGAACGCGCCAAAGACUUGCUGACUGCUGCCAAGUACACUGAGAGCAUGGCCACUGAGCUCCUGACGCUGGCCUCUGGAGGUAGAAGUGCUGGCUACCUUCUCCGUGCAGUGGAUCACAGAGGCACUACCAUGCUGGACUCGCUAAUUGAAUGUGAACAGAAGGAUGUAGUAGCGCAUCCAGCAGUGCAAAAAUACCUGACAGAAGUCUGGUAUGGCAGCCUGAAGUGGGCCCCAUGGAAGAUCGCCCUUUUGUUCGUCUGCUUCCUAGCAUGCCCCCCCAUGUGGCUGGUUUUCUCCCUACCCCUGAAACAUAGGUUCAAUAAAACUCCUAUCAUGAAGUUCAUGAGCCACUUGGCAUCUCAUAUCUUCCUGCUCAUCCUGUUCAUCCUAACCAUAGUGUAUCCCCCUAUUAGCCCCAUCUAUGAAGGUCACAUGGUGCCAUACUGGAACGAGUGGUUGCUCUUAGCUUGGCUGCUGGGGACACUAGUCACCGAGCUCACCCAUUCUGGAGAAAGGGCUGGCCUGGCUUGGAUCAGAGUGUUCGUCUUGGGCUUCUCUGCCAUUGCUUUCCUUUGCCAUUUGCUGGCCUUGAUGUUUACCGGCACCGAUCGCUUGCACUGCCUGUUUGCUAGGAACAUCUUCCUAGGGGUGGCCAUGACACUCUCCUUUGUGCAGUUCCUGGAGUUCCUCACCUUCCACCACCUCUUUGGCCCUUGGGCUGUCAUAAUCAGGAACCUCAUGAAGGAUCUCACCAGGUUCGCAGUCAUCCUCGGCUUGUUUCACAUAGCCUUCACCAUGCAGCUGUCGUCCGUCUACCAGCCAGUCUACCCUGAACCAAAGACCAAUCUCUCAGCUGCCGGUGGGAACGCGACUGUGAGCACCACUAUCCAGGACCCCGUUGUCAUCAUGGUCACAUUAUUCUUCUCCUUGUUUGGCCUCGUUGACCCCGAGUCCCUGCCCUCACUCACCAGAACUCCCCAGUUCACUUUUGUCAUCAUCCGCUUUGUGUUUGGGGUCUACCUGAUCGUGACCUUGAUUGUGCUGAUCAACCUGCUGAUCGCCAUGAUGAGUGACACCUAUCAGAGGAUACAGGCCCAGUCUGACACGGAGUGGAAGUUUGGCAGGGCCAUGCUCAUCAGGGACAUGACUAGGAAGUCUGGAACACCUUCCCCCUUUAACCUCUUCACAAAUCUUCUCUAUUAUAUCAAAAUACUUUGCAAACACAAAGCCCAAAUACCCUCGAGGCGACCCAACAGUGGACAUCUAGUCUGGAGGCCACAGAACCUCGAUAUUUCUGAUCGAGCUCACAAUAUUAUGAAUGUUACCACAGUGCAUAGUAACUUUAUACCAUUGUACUACGUUCCAAGCACCGCAUCAAAGCACUUUCCACUCAUCUACACCUAAAUGUGGGCUAGCAGUGUGCAAUAUAGACGUUUUGGGUACAUAGGCAAUGAUCGCCUCCAACAAAAAUAUCUUGCCAAUGAAGACAGCUGGCUCUCUGAUAGACCCAGGCAACUCCUGGUCCAGGCAUAUCAUUUGCUAGGUGGCAAGGUGGGCAGUUAGUCCCUCAGAACUUAGACCUGUGAAUUUGGAAGGAGAGGAAAACUAUCUACUCCACUCCCCCAACCCAUAUGAUCACAUAUAAUGUUCUAUAUGCUGACACAACUUUGCCCUCCGCCCCCAAAUUUUUCGGAAAUGACACCCCUGCCUUGGACAUCAGUGUGGCUAGAUGGGUGGUAGGGUAAGUGCAGGAAGAAUGUCUCCAAGUCUAAUGGAAACUGUUACUUUCCAGGAAAGGAGGCUAAGAGUUUUGUGAUGUAUGUCCUCUUAAAGAGACACUGCUCCAUUCCUUCUCACAGACAUACAAGAGAAUGGGGUAUAAGUGCCCUCACAUGACCUGAGGCUGCUGUAUUACAUCUCCUGAGAGAUCAGUUUUAAUUUAUUUUAAAAUAAAGGGUUGGGGGGUUAUACAUUUUUAUUCUACUGACAUUCAUUACAUUGGGAAUGUUUCAGAAAUCAUGGUGUACUUGUAGUGGUGGGUUUUUCAUAUACAUAGCCCUUUCCUACAUGAAUGUCACAUGGACAGCUGCAACUCCCCCUUCUCCCCAAACCAGAACCAAGCAUGCAUCAUUUAACCAAGUAGCUAAUCAACAUAAUAGUAUUUUAUUUCCCAAGAAGCUCUGGAAACAGGAUAUAUAACUGUAAUCCCAGAUAAAAAGGAUAUCAAAUUGGAGUUAAGGUUGAGCACAUGUUAGUAAUUUAAGGGUAAUUACAGGGAUGUUGUAAUUAUCCCAAAACCAAGCAUUACCAAUCCAGGAAAUUCAGUUAAGGUUAAAUUUAAAAGAAAUUCAGUUAUGUUAAGGAAACUCCAAUGCACAGUUAAGGCACCCAGACAACGUUAACUCCGUCCUGUAAUGACACAUGGAAUAACCAUACAAUUAGGAUUAGUGCAUAAUAGAAAUCAGUUUAAUCUUUUCUAUAAGACUAAGGCUAUGUUGAACUCUUCCCCUUUUUUUCCUCAUGAUGCCACUAUAGGGCAGAACUAAGAAACUAACAUCAAUAGUAAAUACAAACAAAAAAGCCUUAGAAAAAGAACAUGUAGGCUGUGGAAUUGUUUUGCAGUAAGAAGUUCUAUUGCUUGAGACAUUAAAAUCUAAACUGGACUAGGCACUUGAAACUGAACUGUUAGAGACAAUCCUGCAGGGAUAUGUGGACAAGAUGAGCUAAUAAAUCUUCCCCAUCUCCAAUUUCUGUGCUUCUAUGAGAAAUGUAAUCCCAGGAGACUGAGGGCCUGAUCCUGAGAAGUGAAGUCAAUGGACUAGACUUCACCCUAGGCAAACCUACUAUAAAUAGGUCUUAUCAGGGCUGUUACUGGCAUUGGCCCCAUUCUCAGUCAUUUCAGACCCUCUUGGCAUUUGAAGUUGUGAUUUUCCAGCAUUCCCUUCCAUGAUUUUCCCAGUUGUCUGGUUCAGAAAUGUGGCUCAACGCGUAGUACCUCAGGGUUGGCAGAGGGACAAUGUCCUACAGAGAGGGGCAAACAUCUGAAAAAAAUAUUCUGCUCCGAUGAAAAUCUAACUUCUCUGUGUUCACUCGCUCGCUAUGUUUAAAUUGGGUGAGUGUACCCAGAGAGUGUAUUCAUGGCGGGAAAGUUGGUGUGAACAACAAAUGUUAAGUGAAUAUGGGAAGAUAUUUUUGGAGAGUGAAUUUUGCAAUCGCAAUGCUAUGUGUUACACUCAUCCUGACAGAGAUCAGAAGCAUUGCUGUGUAACCUGUCUAAACUAACCAGAUAUCAAACUGCUGCAGGCCAAGAAUUAUUCACCAAAACUAAUUGACAAAUAAUAUCUAAUAAUGAUUAAAUUCAAGAAAAUUGUAAGCCGCUAGUGGACAACAUGCAAAUGGAAAAGGAGGCUAA